AUGUUUCGUUGGAAGAUCCCUGUACGCUCAGCGAUACCGUUGCCCUUGCUGAGUCCGGUGGUAGUCUUUUACCUCCACACAUCCGUGACAUUAUUCACCGGCCUGAAGGAGGUAUCUAUGGAGAAAGAAAUACGAUUCGGGAUGCCGCUACUGGCCAAAAUUUCCACUAACGUUACGGCAGAAUGCCAAAAGAAAAUGUUUUCCGUUGCGGCAGAACCAGGAGCGCCAUGGCAUCGACCAGAAAUCUCGAGUAUAUCAUUUCAACAACGGUCUUCUGCAAGGCUUAAAAGGGUUUCGAACCCAAUUACAAAAAUUGCUACCGUCUCCUGGAAAGAUGCUGACUUGAUCCUUGGCGAUCUUUCUCCCAAAGGUCGUUCCCAACGGUUCCCGUCCGUCCAGGAACGGGUCCGUUUUUAUAUGGCGAGCUGGUACACUCCUAGCUGUUCCGAAAACGAGGACGAUUGGGUGCACUAUCGUCGAGUUUUUCAUCGAGCUUCGACUGUGGUUGAGACGGGCUUGAACGCUACAAGCGUCCUGGAAAUCGAAGGGCCAAUAUCCAAGCCGACAGCGAAAGAAUCCAUACAUUUCCUCGCAAACAAAAAGUACCCCCAUACCAUUCGCAUGGUGGUGGAUGAUAUCAUCCGUGGAGGCACAAUUUUUAGCCCAAGUGAGGCAAAUUUAUAUGCAUGUGCCCAGUCUCAUCCCAAACCGAGCCUUCGGAACAUGUAUUGCCCAGAACUUUUGGAGACUUUAGUACCGCUACACAGAAGGUACCAGGGGCGAAACGAAACAAGCGUUCCGCUGCUGGUUCAAGUCGGAGACGUGCUACCUUCGAAACAGCCGUACGAUGGUGGCGACGACAAAUUUGUCUCCAUUCCACAUUUCAAAAAGUUUCGUUUAGUCGCUAAUCAAUCGUGGGGCCAUCUUUUGUCCGGGACGCUUCCGCCGUGUCAAUCGGGACCCCGAUCAAUGCACGCGCAUGGCUUGCCUCCAAUUUUGUUCAAAUUGGCUGCUGAUCGACACUAUCGUGGUCUAGAAACGCUAGCUCAGUACGAUAGACCAUGGAGUGAGAAACGGAAUGCGGCCGUCUUUCGUGGAGCACUGACGGGUCCUCAGCUUCCCGCUGGGCUUUCGGAAUUGCAAAAAUGCCAGCGAAUGCCUAGAUGCCGUAUGGUCUUGGCGUACGUAAAUUCUACCCUGGUGAAUGCCAAAUUGACCGCUUUUCCGCACCAUCGCCUUCCAAGUCUGACGGUGGACAGCGCGACCACUAUUGGCGGGUCCGAAUUUGGUUAUGCCAAAAUGCUAUCGUACAAGGCUAUCAUAAUGGUGGAGGGCAACGAUGUGGCGUCGGGAUUAAAAUGGGCAUUGCUGUCCAACUCAGUGGUACUCAUGCCAAGGCCUACGGUCACAAGCUGGGCAAUGGAGGAAUUGCUGCAGCCUUACAUACAUUUUGUUCCGCUGGCGUCGGACCUGGACGAUGUGGAAACGCAGAUGCAGUGGGUGCUGGAUCACGACGAGGAAUCCCGUAUGAUAGCACGAAGGGGUUCUUUAUGGAUCACGGACUUGCUGCUUCACGCAGACGCCAACGCUGACAACGCUCAAAUCGAUGACGAGAUGAUGCAGCGUUACAUCGGACUAUUUCGGCCUUGGAGAAACGGCUGA